AUGGACAAAUCAAUACGGGAUCCACCAACAGCUGUGCUUCUGCAUGGCAUUUUAGGCAGCAGGAAGAACUGGGGAACUUUUACUCGGAGAUUGGCUCAAGAAUUUCCAACAUGGCAGUUUCUUUUGGUGGACCUGCGGUGCCAUGGAGAUUCAGCAUCAAUCAAAAAGAGGGGACCCCACAAUGUUGCCUCAACUGCUUCUGAUGUCUUAAAGCUAGUUUGGGUUCUAGAUGCUACUCCUGGAAAAGUUAGAGCUGGUGGAGAUGGAGAAGACCAUCCUGCAGAACUAAUAUCCUUUCUAAGGAAACUACCAAAGGAGGUCUCCUCAAAGCGAGAGAUUGUAAAUGCUCUUAUAAAAGAAAGGUUUUCAAAGGAUGUUGCACAGUGGGUGGUAACUAAUCUUCAAACAAAUGGCCCUCCUGGUUCGCCAUCAUCACAUUUCUCUUGGAUAUUUGACCUUGAUGGAAUUUCUGAAAUGAAAUUUGUUGAAAAUUUGCCUCGAGGUGUGCAUGUUAAUUUUUUGAAAGCAGAGAGGAGCUUGCACAGGUGGGCCCUUGAAGAUCUCCAGAGAAUUCAUGCUGCAGAGGAUCUGGCUGCUGAGGAGGGAGGUGGAGUUGAAAUGCAUGUCCUUGAAGAUGCUGGCCACUGGGUACAUGCUGAUAACCCGGAUGGACUCUUCAGGAUUCUUGCGUCAUCAUUCCGGGGAUUCAAAGCCUAA